GGUUGGAUGGACUGCUUGAACGCGACGGUUGUGAAGAGUUUGUGGACAGAGGAGGUGGAACUACGACACGAUGGUGCUGUACGCCAUCGGCACGGCGAUGCUGCUGUUGGCGGGACACUCCUGAACAAAAUGAGCGAUAAUCCGACGAAUCUGACACAUACGUCUGAAUCGUGA